AUGGAUGAAAGAAGAAUGGCAAAAAUGAAACAGAAUAAAGAAGUUGAAAAAUUAAAAGCGAGACAUGAUAAAGAGUUGGAGGCAUUGACAAAAGAUUUACAAAAUGUUUUGGACAUGUAUAAAAAUGAAGAAAUUGAAUUUAAAUUGGCACCAAAAUUUGAAUUCUACUGUUGA